UCUCUCUCUCUCGUUUGGGUCUCUCGGCCCAAAUAAACAGCGGAGCUCUGAGACCGGAGACCGCAGACAGGUAGCUCAGUUCGGGCAUGAAAGAUGGAGCUCUCGGCGGUGGGAGAUCGCGUUUUCGCCGCGGAAGCCAUCCUGAAACGCCGCGUCCGUAAGGGACGACUUGAAUACUUGGUAAAAUGGAAAGGAUGGGCAAUGAAGCACAGCACUUGGGAGCCAGAGGAGAAUAUACUGGAUGACAGGCUGAUACUGGGCUUUGAGCAAAAGGAACGGGAAAGGGAAUUGCAUGGGCCGAAGAAACGGGGACCAAAGCCCAAAAACUUUGUCAUGAAGGCCCGUGCUCAGAAAGGUGGGACCGGCAGCCGAGCCUCAACCGCCCGACAGACAUCGCGCUCCUCUUUGUCCACUUCCAGCCGAGCAGCUCCUUCCUCCUCUGCCUCACCUCAUCAUUUAGCAUCUUCGUCCUCCUCUUCCUCAACCGUGGCACCCUCUCCUAAACUCAACUCCCUUGCAGCCACCCACAAGCUGAAGAAAGACAUUCACCGUUGCCACCGGAUGUCCAGGCGCCCUCUCCCCCGCCCAGACCCCAUGGCGACCACCUUCUCCACCCCCGGUGGCUUCCCCUCCCGCCUGCACGUCUCUCCCUUUUCCGAGACCGUCCGCAUCCUUAACCGAAGAGUCAAACCCCGGGAGGUCAAGAGAGGACGGAUCAUUCUCAACCUGAAGGUCAUUGAUAAGCCAGGCCGGGGUGGCACAGCUGCAGGCAGCAGGAAUGUUACAGCAGGACGGCAAAACAUCCCUUCCCGCAAUCGCAUCAUCGGGAAGAAGGGGGAGGCACCCUAUAGACCUUUCCAGCCUCCUCUGAAGAUGCUGGGGUUCCCGAUGUACGGGAAGCCAUUUGGGCUGCAAUGUGGAGGCCCCGUGCCCUUUCCCUCCCACCCAGGGUCAUGCUCCAGCACGAGGGCGAGGGACACCAACUCCACUUCCUCCCAGUACCAGUCACCUCCUUCUCCUUCCAGCUCCAGCGGCUCUGAAGGAAAAUCUCCCGCCAACGCCUCAGCUUCUCAGUCCCAGCCCUCCACAGGUACCUCAGCUUCCAGCGAGGGUCCCAAGUCUAGUAAACCUCACACAGAGACCCAGAAGGGCCAGAGCGCCAAGCCAUCUGCUCCUGUCCCGUCCUCAGAUGCAGACCCUGCAGCUUCAGCAUCUCCUUUCCUCCCCUCCUCACCCUCUUCUUCCUUGGAGGACGACGGGGAGGAGGGUGCCCUAGACCGUUCGGUGCCCCCAGAGGGAGGCAGGAGGAAUCUUCGCCAACGCAGGGCUAAACCUGCCCGCCACCAACUGCCCGCCGCCCCUUCCUCUGUCACCCCGGGGGAUCAGAGCCCCGCCCCCGCCGAACCCAAAAGGGUGCCCGCUGAGGGAGACCCCGACUGGCACCCUGAAAUGGCGCCAAGCUGCAAGGAUGUUGUGGUCACGGACGUCACCACCAACCUCGUCACCGUCACCAUAAAAGAGUUCCCCUCCCCUGCCUCCUGCCCCGGCUCGCCCUCCGCCAGCCCCGAAGAUGCCUCCUCCCCUCCCCCCAACGCCACCUCUAAUGAUGACCCCUCUCCCCCCAAGCCACAACACCGAGACGGAGAGGGAGCAUCUCUGGUCCAGACAGCGCGGUGCCAUCAGUAUUACACACAGAGGGCGGCAGGAGGAAAACAGCAGCGCCUCUGGCAAACAUCUUCUCUAUUCAUAAUGAAGUUCGUGGUGGUGCUUGUGGGAGCGGGCACCCUGGCCUUCCUCGGCGCGGUCAUCUGCAUCAUCGCCAGUGUUUAUCCCCGGAAAAGCGGCGCGCCUCUCAGCGACAACGGCACCCUGACAUCGGAGACGCUGCUCCAGCCCCUGGAGUCCGGAUCGGUGGCCCAUGCCGGGCCGCUGGGCGCUCUGCACGGCGCCGAGUCCUACGGUGGAGGGAACGGGCUGGGCGGCAUCGGCCUGGAGGUUCCCACUCUGAACGAGCUCAACCUCGGAGAGGAGACAGGCGGAGGCUCCGCGAAGCAGUUCAGCUUCAGUCGGUUGAUCUGCACACCUGUACCAGUCGGAGAAUGCAAGACCAAAGACCUGAGGCAGCGAAGGGAGCAGCAGCAGCAGAAGCAGCAGCAGCAGCAAGCGGACGACCCGUACAGUGCCGGGGAUGAAGACUGGACUUAUCUCCGGACCACGGCGGAGGAACUCCGGCAGAUGGUCCUGCAGCAGAACGACCAGAUCCUCAUGGACCACAGGACCAUCCGGGAGCUGACGGGGAAGCUGAGUGAGUGCGAGAGCGGCCUGGAGGACGAGAGGAACGUGCCGGAGCGGAGCAUCGGGGUAUGGAGCGGCAACCGCAGAGUCAUGGCCGGGGAUGAUGUGAGCUCUUCCGCCGCGGCGCAGCUGCAGACGGCGCGGGCCGUGGAGGAGCUGGCCAGGGCCAUCAUGGACCUGAAGGACCGCAUUGAGAAACUCGAGGCGGAGAUAGGCCCUGCUGCCUUGAACCUCACUGACACACCAGUGGGUACAGGUAGCAGCAGCAGCAGCAACAGUGGCAGCAGCAGCCCGGCAGGUAACACCGGCAAGGCUCCCGCCCCGCCCACUGGCAGUGCUUCCUCCCCACCUGCAGCGGCUCCCCCAGGGGGGCGCCGUCCAGCCUCCCCCGCUUCCCCUGCCCCCAAGCCACCGUCUAAGGCCUCCCCUGGGCGCGGCAAGGGCACCUGGAGGGUGGAGGACUUGGAGGGGGAGCUGGAGAGAAAGAUUAAGAUGUUGGAGAAGGAGCGUCAGGCCAUGAGGAAGGAGACGCAGGGCCAACACGAGAAGAUCAACCAAGGCAUCGACACCGUCAGCCACCGCGUGACUGAGCUGGAACACACGCUGACAGAGCCGUCGUUCCCGGAUGGCUUUGUCCUCUCCUUCCCCAUGCGAACCAACUACAUGUACGGCCUGGUGAGAAAAGAGAUAACAGAGAUGUAUGCCUUCACUGCCUGUGUAUGGCUGAGAGCCAAAGAAGGGGGCAUCGGGACCCCCUUCUCCUACUCAGUCCCUGGACAGCCUAACGAGCUGGUGCUGCUACAGGGGGUCCACAACCCUGUGGAGCUGCUCAUCAAUGACAAGGUGGCACAGCUGCCCCUGUCCCUACCACAAGAUGAGUGGCAGCACAUCUGUGUCAGCUGGACCCUGAGGGACGGGGUGUGGAAGGCCUACCAGGGGGGAAAGAUGAAGGGGAGGGGAGAGGGACUGGCUGCCUGGCAUCCCAUCAAACCAGGAGGAGUCCUCAUACUGGGACAGGAGCAGGAUACAUUGGGCGGUCAUUUUGAUGCCUCCCAGGCCCUGGUCGGGGAGCUCUCCCAGUUCAACCUCUGGGAUCGGGUGUUGAAGCCAGCAGAGGUGGCCGCCCUGGCUGACUGCAGCUCCUCAGCGCUGGGAAACAUCGCCCCCUGGACCGACAUUGACGUGGAUGUCUACGGUGGUGCCACCAAGGAGUCCCUGGACCCGUGCCAUGCUGCCCAGAGAUCCAACCCCUCUAGCCCCAAACAGUGAAGGGUUACUUGGAGAGGUCGGCCAAGGGUGGUCGUGUUUGAUAGGUCGAGUUAGAAGACAAUUUAGCAGAUGUAUAACAACGUAUCACAUUGGGGUUUACAGUAAAUUUGUUGAGGAUGGAAAGCUUUCUGGUGGACUGACAUAUAUGAUGGAGCUAUUAAGCUGCUAAGAGCGGUGUAUCUGUUUUGUUUUUAGUGUUGGUGUCCACACUCGUGUUUACUUCUGCAGUGAGAUACAGUGAGUUUAGUCACAGAAUCACCUUAGUGAAGGCUGCGUGGGUGGAUCGACUUCUGGCAUGAACAGGACUCUUAUGGAAACAUCCCAUAAUAGAUGUGUAAUUGGCUGUGGUUAAAUGCACCACCCUCUGAUUUAGGUAAGAAUCUGUUGGGUCAGUUAACCAUACAAGGUUAUUCAGGCAGAGGGCUUUGUUGGGUUUGAAUGCCAUUAUGGAACGGACCUUUAAUGGUGCCAUAUCUAAGGGUUUCUUACUUUUAGAACAAAGUUACACAACGUUCUGUCUUUCCUCAUCUUGUGUCUAAUUGGUUGUGUUUCAUGCUAAAGCUGAAUUUUGAGAUGCUAUUAUGGUUAUAUUGAUUUCAACACUCAAACUGAGUUUUGUUCAGUUUUAACUGUAUAUGAUCCUGUUGAGUAAUGUCUGUGUGCUUUUAAGUUUUCUACAUUGAAUAUGUACCAUAAUUUGGUAAAACAGUGGUCUUAUAAAUGUAUAUUGUGUAACGUAUCUCUGCUAAUGUUGCUCUGUGCCAGUCUGCUCCCCUCCUGCUGUAGCCUCUCACGCCACUCACAGUCCGUCUGAGUUCAGUUGCAGCCUUUUCGUUUGCAGCUUGAACAAAAGGAGGGAUCUCAGUUGACCUCUGAAAUAAACACUUGAUGUCAGUCUAAGCACCAUUCAGACACAGAAACUGUGACAAACCUGAGUGACUUUAGUAAACUGUGUUGUAUCCUUGAAUGUAAACCCAGAUGGAAUGUAAGUGUAUUUGCAUGAGCAAAGUCACAUUUCCUGUCACUAAAGAAACAAACAAAAUGUGUAAAUUACAGUGUUGGUGUCCCCCAAAUUGCCCCACACUCUGAAGCACACAGAUGUCUCUUUGGUAAAUUCUCACAGAAUACGAGGCAAUUUUGUAAUUAACAUCUGACUCAGUAUAGAGGAUUAGUACGAGCAACUUGCAAACAAAUAUUAGCAAAAAAUAGAUAAUGUUGCAUUAAUUUGCCUCAAAACCUGAUGCCUUUUAUAAAAUGUGUGUGGCCAAAACUGCCACUACUAACAAUAAUAGGUAAUAGUUUAAUUUUGCACUCUGAAUAAAAGCAGAGUUUGUUAUGAGGUAGAAAAAAUAGCAAACGUGAUCAAAAUAGCAUUGGACUUUUUGUGUUAUAUAGGCCCUUUUAAAUAAUCCAGUUUUAUUAAUAUAUAGUCAUAGUUGAAACGUGGCUGGUAAUGUAAAUUGUAUUUAAGACACAUUAAGGUAAUUUCCGUAUGACAUGAAUGGGACCUAACUGCCAAAUUAAAAUGACGUAUUCCGUAUGUCUUUCUGAUUGGAGCACCUCAAAGUAGCCACAUUUCCAACUCGAGGAGCACCAGGUGCUAUCUCAAAAGACAUUACAAAGUGAGGCAUCUCAAGGCAUUGUACAGUGGGCAAAAUAUAUUACCUUAAAACUGUGAUGCCCAGAAUCAGUUUGGUCCUUUGGUUUCAGUUGGGAGACUGUGAGAUAAUCAUGUUUCUCUGAUAAUGUUACAUAUUUUUACACAAGAGGAAAGUUGGUAUGGGCUUAAUCUCUUGAUUAGUGUAGAGCAGGGCACUCACUGUCAGGGGUGAGGGUUUGAUUCCCACUUUGGCCAACUACACUAAACAUGUUAUCGAGUCAACACUGUGCACUACAGUCAGUGCUUCUGUUCUCAUAUUACCUCAAGACAUCAGCCCCACAUACGAUUUGACACCCAGUUGUAAAGUGCCUGCCUGGGCUCUCAUGCCCGAAAUUAUAGUGAAAUGUUUUUAUGUUUUCUUCUUUGUUGUCUCUUUCUUCUCCUUCUCUCUGUCUGUCUCUCUCUCUCUCUCUUGCUUUUGGUUGUUGAAGGCUGUGACAGUGUUGCGCUUGUCCUUAUUUGCAUCUUCAUGGGUCUUCUAUGAUAUUGUGAAAUAGGUGGAUAAAAAAAUAAAAAUAUAAUGGUUAUGACAACA